AUGCAGGCCCCAGUGAUUGUUAUGAGUAAGAAAACAGGCUAUGAUACCAACAUGGAACGUGAGUCAGGACGUAAGGCUCAGCUCUCAAAUAUUACUGCUGCCAAAACUGUAGCUGAUGUCAUCCGCACCUGUCUUGGUCCUCGAUCGAUGCUCAAGAUGUUAUUGGACCCCAUGGGCGGCAUCUUGUUAACAAAUGAUGGAAACGCCAUUCUCCGUGAAAUUGAAGUGGAUCAUCCAGCUGCUAAAAGUAUGAUUGAACUUUCUAGAACCCAAGAUGAAGAAGUAGGCGAUGGAACAACCAGUGUCAUCAUUCUUGCUGGUGAAGUCCUCGCUGGUGCUUUACCUCACAUUAAUAACAACAUUCACCCUGUUGUGAUCAUCAGUGCUUUCAAAAAGGCUUUAGAAGACGCUUUGACCAUUGUCGAAGAAAUCUCUACUCCUGUUGAUAUCAAUAAUAACGAAGAAAUGACAAAUUUGAUCAAAUCCUCUAUUGGCACCAAGUUCACAAGCACCUGGAGCGACCUAAUGUGUAAACUUGCUUUGGAAGCUGUGCGUACGGUAGCUCUAAAAGACGAAUCGACUGAUAAAAUGGAAGUUGAUCUCAAACGAUACGCUCGUGUCGAAAAGAUUCCUGGUGGAGAAAUUGAACAAUCACAAGUGCUGGACGGUAUCAUCUUGAAUAAGGAUGUCACACACCCCAAGAUGCGUCGUCGUAUCGAAAACCCACGUAUCAUCUUGCUUGACUGCCCUCUUGAAUAUAAAAAGGGUGAAUCUCAAACAAAUAUCGAAAUUACAAAGGAGGCCGAUUGGAACCGCAUUCUUCAGAUUGAAGAAGAACAAGUCAAGGCUAUGUGCGAAAAGAUCAUCUCUUUAAAGCCUGAUUUAGUCUUUACCGAAAAGGGUGUUUCUGAUCUCGCACAACAUUACUUUGUCAAGGCAAAUAUCACUGCCAUUCGUCGUGUCCGCAAAACAGAUAACAACCGUAUUGCUCGUGCUGUUGGCGCCACCAUCGUGAACCGUGUGGAUGAUCUUAAGGAAUCCGAUGUUGGUACCAAGUGUGGUCUCUUCAACAUUGACAAGAUCGGAGACGAAUACUUUACCUUCUUGACCAAAUGCCAAGACCCCAAGGCUUGUUCUAUCGUAUUACGUGGUCCCAGCAAAGAUAUUAUUAAUGAAGUUGAACGUAAUCUUCAAGACGCCAUGUGUGUUGCCCGUAAUGUCUUCUUUAGUGCAAAACUUGCUCCUGGUGGUGGUGCAACAGAAAUGGCUGUCGCUGUCAAGCUUGAAGAAAAGGCCAAAUUGAUCGAAGGUGUCGAGCAAUGGCCCUACCGCUCAGUUGCUGAAGCUAUGGAAGUCAUUCCUCGUACAUUGGUUCAAAACUGUGGUGGAAAUGCCAUCAAGACCUUAACACAGCUCAGAGCCAAGCAUACUGCUGGUGAACACUCUUUUGGUAUUGAUGGUGAAGCUGGUAAGGUCGUCGAUAUGAAGGAUUACGGCGUUUGGGAACCCAGUGCUGUCAAGGUUCAGACAAUCAAGACUGCUAUCGAGUCUGCAUGUUUAUUGUUGCGUGUUGAUGAUAUCGUUUCGGGUCUUUCAAAGAACAAACAAAUGGCUCCUCAAGGAGCAGCUCCCGAGGCUAUGGAACAACCACAACAGUAGAAUGAAAAGAAAAAAUAAAAACAAGACAACCAAUUCCCCCUCUCUUUUUUCUUCUCUCUGCCCCCUCAUUUAUCCGCUUAAACAAAAUAAAAAAUUCCCAAGCGCAAAAAAAGUCACGCGUAUAUAUUUAGUGUGUAUUCCAAAGUAGCAUA